AACUCUAUACUUUAUCCCUCUACAGAAAAAGAUCCCAUUUUUAUCUCUCAACAUGAAUUUCUUCAAGUCUGUUUUCUCCGAAGAUCUACAACCCUUUGAUCCAGAAGAUGAUACCCUUCAUUCACCAUCCAAAUCAAAACCCAAAGAUCCAAUCGACGAAUCUUGCACAUCGGAGGUGGUGGGUAGUCCAAGACCCAUGUCAUCAAUCUCUGGUAUUGCCAAUGCUUGGUCGUUCGGCGGCUUAAUGAAAACCCUGGCCACGAAGUCUGAAUCGGUGAUUGAGACUUACCGAAGGGAUUUAGAAGAGUUCGGAACUGGUUUGCGAAAGGAAACGGCGGUGAUCCGUGAAGUUGCCGGUCGUGCUGUGAGAGACCUCCCGGCGUCGCUAGAGGCUGGAGCCGCUGUCGCUCAGGAGUCUUUGGAGUCGGUUGGACAGGUAAUUGAUGUGUUUGGGAAUACGGUGACUGAGAUCAUAUCUCAUGGUAAGGACUCAAUCCUUGCUGGCGAUUCUGAUGCUGAAUCCUCCGAUUUCAAGCAAUACAGUGCUGGCAGCAGUCAGCAAAAUCUGAAUCUUAAUUCAAAACCGUACAGUAGACUUGAUGCGCAAAUUCGUUCGAUUCAGUGUGAUUUGAAGACUUAUUGUGAACAACCUGAUGAGUUGGAUGAGUUCAAAGAUUGGAAAUUGGGUUUUCUGUUGGAAGAGAAGAGUGGGGAGAUUGAAAACUUGAUUGAAGAAAACGGAGUGAUUGAUGAUAUCCAUAAAGAGAUUGUUCCCAGUAAGGUUGAUGAUGAAACUUUCUGGAGCAGGUACUUCUUUAGGGCAUAUAAGUUGAGGAAAGCUGAAGAUGCAAGGUCUGAGCUUGUCAAGAGGGCAAUAUCAAUGGAAGAGGAGGAAGAUUUGAGUUGGGAUGUGGAGGAAGAUGAUUAUGUAGAGGAGGAAUUGCCCAAGCGGAAGGUGGAGCAAGAAAAGGAAGUCGCAGUUGCAGAACCGAAAGAGGCAGUUUAUGGGGAGGAAAUGCAUCCUCCUGAUGUAAAAUCUGGUUCAGAAGGGGGGAAGACUGAGAAUGGAGAAUCUUGUAAGGAUAGUGAUUUAUCAGUUGUCUCGACCCAGCCUUCAUUAAACGAUGAAGAAGAUCUUAGCUGGGAUGAGAUUGAAGACAGUGAUGAAACAACCAAGGCGGCUACAACAAGUGAGAGCCCAAACAAAGCUGAAAUUCGGAAGCGGUUGAGUGGCAUGGAGGAAGAAGAAGAUCUGAGUUGGGAUAUUGAAGAUGAUGAUGAACCACUACUUGUUAAGUCGUGACAGUAAAAAAAGUUAUUACAGACAAUAAAUAAGCACUGGUUGUAAUCCAGCCAUGGAAUGGAGCAUACAUUACAUCUUAAUCUUAUAUUAUGGUUAGUUAUCAUUAUUCAUGUACAUAUACUAGUGUGUUGUUUGAUCAAAAAAAUCCAGUUCUCAAGUUCUUAUAGUUGUUCAUUAUACACAUUUACAAUUACUCCCAGAGAUUGGCCCCUAUAUUCUAGUCUAGUGUGAGCUUUGUUUGUAAUGGCUGGCUAGACACCACCAAUUUCAAAGCAUGUUGCCUUGUUUGGCUUAAGUUAUUUAAAUUUCUUCCAAUAUCUGCAUUCAUGUGUUCAUGAAUCUUCUUUCACUGAUAA